AUGGCGAAUCAGAGGCAGUGUAGCUCUCUAAUUCCAGUAGUCCCCAUCGAUGAUAACAGCACCCCGCACAGCGCCGCUGUUACCAGUAACACACGCAAUCGCCAGGGAGUUCGUCGGCCGUCAGCCAUCGUGAUUGGUAGCGGGUUCUCCGGGCUGGCAGCAGCUCACGCGCUGCAUCACGCAUCGUUCGAGGUAGUGGUGCUAGAGGCAAGGAAUCGCAUCGGAGGUCGCGCGUUCACAGACUACUCUUUUGGCUUUCCGCUUGAUCUAGGUGCUGCUUGGCUGCACGGUGUUUCCGAGAGUAAUCCGUUGGCUCGGCUGAUCGCGGACCUCCAACUUCCGCUUUACCGAACCAGCGGGGACGACUCGGUGCUCUACGAUCACGACUUGGAGAGCUAUGCGCUGUACGAUGAGGAUGGGGUGAAGAUUCCCCAGGAAGUGGUGGAGCGCGUGGAGAGGGUGUUUGAAGAGAUGCUGGAAGAGACUCGGAAGAUAUGCGCCAGCACGAGCGAGGACAUGAACAUGGAGCAUGCCUUGGCUCUGGUGGAGCAGCGCAGGCCAGACCUGACACUGCAGGGGGUGGAGCGGCGUGUGCUGCAGUGGUACCUGUGCCGCAUGGAGGGAUGGUUUGCCACUGACUUGAAGAACCUGUCAGCCAAAUGCUGGGAGGAGGAGGAUCUAGUGGAGGGGGGUCACGGCCUCAUGGUUAACGGCUACCUGCCUGUGCUGGACGCCCUAGCUGCUGGGCUGGACAUUCGUUUUAAUCACAGAGUGGUCAACAUUGACUGGUCCUCGUCACAGGAUCUGGAUAGAUCAGUAUCCGGAGGGAUAGGUACAGCAGGGGAGGUGCUGGCAAUGAGGGUAGAGGCAACAGGCGUAGUCGGCAUCGAGAACAAAAUCGCCCUCCUCUUCCCCUCCUGCUUCUGGCCGUCGGUAGAAUUCCUGGGGGUUGUAGCAGACACGCCCUACGCAUGCAGCUACUUCCUGAACCUGCACAAGGCCAGCCGGGGCGAGAGGGCGGUGCUGGUGUUUAUGCCGGCGGGGAGGCUGGCAGAGGAGAUGGAGGGGAUGGGGGAGAGCGAGGCCGUGGCGUUCACCAUGCUGCAGCUCAGAAAGAUCCUGCCCCACGCGCCUGAACCUGUGAGUGCCAAAAUUUUUGGCGCCUUAAUAGUACUUAAGAGGCACCUCAAGGAUCUUGCCCCAUCCAAGCGCGCAUCACCACGUGGGGGUCAGACCCAUUCUCCCUCGGAUCCUACUCCUAUGAUGCAGUGCAUGCCCCUCCCGAUGUCUACGAUUCCAUCCGCGCCCCCCUCCCUCCCCUGUUCUUUGCCGGAGAAGCCACUUCCCGCGCCCACUGCAAGUGGGAAUUCCACUCUCGGAUCUCCCCAACUCUCCUCUCUGUCCCCACUUUACCACUUCUACCUCCUUUCCCCCGCCAUGCAGAUCCAGGCGCGCAUCACCACGUGGGGGUCAGACCCCUUCUCCCUCGGAUCCUACUCCUAUGAUGCAGUUCACGCCCCUCCCGACGUCUACGACUCCCUCCGCGCCCCCCUCCCUCCUCUUUUCUUUGCCGGAGAAGCCACCUCCCGCGCCCACCCCGGCACUGUUCACGGCGCGUUCUCCACCGGGCGGCAAGCUGCGAGAGAGGCGGCGGAAUUCGUCCAAUUGCUGGGUUUCGGGGAAGGGUCAAGGAUGGUAGGAAAGGAUGAUAGCAAGAAGCACUCGGAACUGCUGCCAGAGCCAGUGGUAUCAGGAGGAGAUGUGACUGGGGAAGGGAGCGAUUUGCCUCACGUGGAAGCUUAUGGGAAUGGUGCCGAAGCUUACAACAACUCACUUGAGCAGGGGCAAGUGGGAGACAGCAGCACUAGGGUUUCCGGCCCAUCGUCAUUGACCCAGCAUGUGGUUUCAGGGGAGAUUGAGGCAGCUACGCGCGCGAAAGCCGCGGCGCCCCUGCGCAAGCAGUACAUAGUGCACCUGGCGGCGGUGCCGCCGGUGCUAAACUACCGCGGCGGCGUGGCGGGGCUGGCGGCGACCGCGCCGGAGCUAGACGACAACGACCCCGAGAGCAGCCCCACCGACGCGGAUGACGACGAUAGCGCUCCGGUUGAUAGUCCAGGUGGCGGUUCAGGUGACGGUUCCAGUGACGGUUCGGGUGUCUCAGGUGGAAACUCAGGCGACAUUCCGGAAGGAGGUGCAGGAACCGGAGCCGCAGGAGGAGGAGCGGAUCCAGCGGGAGUUCCUUUCCCAACUGGCGGAGCUACAGCCGGCGGCGCUACAACCGACGAUUCUACAGUUGGCGACAACAGCGCUACAAAUGUCACGCUGGCAGCAGCGACGCUUCAAGGGCUCAGCGCGGCCCGACUCGCCACCGUUAGUGGCACAUCCGCUGUGGCACCCUUAUCGGUGCCAAAUUCUUCAACCCCAAUCACACCCCCCCCUCCUCCCCGUGCCAUUCCCCCUCACACCUUCCCCCCUUCCCCAUCCCCUCUCCUUUUCCCAUCUAAUUUCCCUUCCCUGUCCCCUUUCCCUUCUCUCUCCACUUUCUCCAUCUUCGUUUCCCCUUGUUCACUUCCACAGCCUGCAGACCCCUACGGGCCGGUCCCGGACCGCUGGUUCGGCGGGUGUGCAGCAACGGCGGAUUUCCCAGCCUCGCUCUGCAACGGCAAACUCAUUGGUGCAAAAUAUUUCAACAGCGGGUUCCUCAAGUCCGGGCAGGAUGUGGAUCCGGACGACUUUUCGUCUGCCCGGGAUGGAGACGGGCACGGCACGUGGUGUGCGGGAGCGGCAGCGGGGAACGCCAACGUGAGUGUGGAGAUGGGCGGGCGCAACUUUGGAUCCGCGAGCGGUGUGGCACCGCGGGCGCGCAUCGCCAUGUACAAGGCGCUGUGGGUGGUGAAGGCCCUCGGCGCAGCGGCCGGCGCCAACUCCGACAUCCGAGCCGCCGUUGAUGCUGCUGUGGCGGACGGUGUGGAUGUGCUCUCUCUCUCUUUGGGGGAUUCAGAGCCCCGAUCCUUUUCACACAUCCACUACAUGAAUGCAGCUAAGGCGGGUGUGUUUGUGGCGAUGGCAGCAGGCAACGCGGGGCCUCCCUCUCCUACGCGUGAGGUGGGGACGAUUGACAACGUUGCUCCGUGGUACCUGACAGUGGGAGCAACGUUUGAGACGUCUCAAAACUGGGAUGCAGCGCAGGAAAGGGGGGAAUGCAAAUGCACCCCAAUCAUAAUCCUUCCCCCUCGUAUCCCUCCUUCCCCCUCGUUUCUCUCCUCCCCCCUCAUAUCCCUCCUUCCCCUUCCUCCCCGCCUCCCCUACCUCUCCCCUCUCCUCGCUCCCCUGCUGUAUCAGCCACAGCACCAUCGCACCAUCGGUCGGCAGUACUUGGCAAAGCUGAUUCUGGGGAAUGGGGAGGAGCUGAGGGGAGUGAGCUUCGGAGGCACGGCACAGACGCAGCUCUAUGCAACAUCAGAGCCAGCCAUUGACAACAUCGAAACCAAGCUGGCGGGUUCGCUUUUGAGGUGCCUCGAAACUCAGAGGAGGGACUUAGCAGGCACGGCACAGAGGCUCAGAGGAGGGACUUACCAGGCACGGCACAGAGGCUCAGAGGAGGGACUUAGCAGGCACGGCACAGAGGCUCAGAGGAGGGACUUAGCAGGCACGGCACAGAGGGCUGCUCUGUGUGACUGGACAGCCAUCGACAUAAGCAAAUUGGCGGGGCGAAUAAUCAUCUGCACGUAUGAACCAUCAGUUGGAGUGUCCAUCGGCUUCUUUGCAUAUUACAAGGCAGCAGCACUUGUCCUCCUUAGUGGCUCUCCCGAUACAGACAACUUGGGCGAGCUUCCUUUCACCGACCUGCCCCUCCUGUACCUCACCAACGCGCAGGGCGGGCAGUCUGCAUGCGCUUCUUCUUCAUCCCAUCAUGCUGCUCACUCAUUCUGCAUGCGCUUCUUCUUCAUCCCAUCAUGCUGCUCACUCAUUCUGCAUGCGCUUCUUCUUCAUCCCAUCAUGCUGCUCACUCAUUCUGCAUGCGCUUCUUCUUCAUCCCAUCAUGCUGCUCACUCAUUCUGCAUGCGCUUCUUCUUCAUCCCAUCAUGCUGCUCACUCAUUCUGCAUGCGCUUCUUCUUCAUCCCAUCAUGCUGCUCACUCAUUCUGCAUGCGCUUCUUCUUCAUCCCAUCAUGCUGCUCGCUCAUUCUGCAUGCGCUUCUUCUUCAUCCCAUCAUGCUGCUCACUCAUUCUGCAUGCGCUUCUUCUUCAUCCCAUCAUGCUGCUCACUCAUUCUGCAUGCGCUUCUUCUUCAUCCCAUCAUGCUGCUCACUCAUUCUGCAUGCGCUUCUUCUUCAUCCCAUCAUGCUGCUCGCUCAUUCUGCAUGCGCUUCUUCUUCAUCCCAUCAUGCUGCUCACUCAUUCUGCAUGCGCUUCUUCUUCAUCCCAUCAUGCUGCUCACUCAUUCUGCAUGCGCUUCUUCUUGAUCCCAUCAUGCUGCUCACUCAUUCUGCAUGCGCUUCUUCUUCAUCCCAUCAUGCUGCUCACUCAUUCUGCAUGCGCUUCUUCUUCAUCCCAUCAUGCUGCUCACUCAUUCUGCAUGCGCUUCUUCUUCAUCCCAUCAUGCUGCUCACUCAUUCUGCAUGCGCUUCUUCUUCAUCCCAUCAUGCUGCUCACUCAUUCUGCAUGCGCUUCUUCUUCAUCCCAUCAUGCUGCUCGCUCAUUCUGCAUGCGCUUCUUCUUCAUCCCAUCAUGCUGCUCACUCAGUCUGCAUGCGCUUCUUCUUCAUCCCAUCAUGCUGCUCACUCAUUCUGCAUGCGCUUCUUCUUCAUCCCAUCAUGCUGCUCACUCAUUCUGCAUGCGCUUCUUCUUCAUCCCAUCAUGCUGCUCGCUCAUUCUGCAUGCGCUUCUUCUUCAUCCCAUCAUGCUGCUCACUCAUUCUGCAUGCGCUUCUUCUUCAUCCCAUCGUGCUGCUCACUCAUUCUGCAUGCGCUUCUUCUUCAUCCCAUCAUGCUGCUCACUCAUUCUGCAUGCGCUUCUUCUUCAUCCCAUCAUGCUGCUCACUCAUUCUGCAUGCGCUUCUUCUUCAUCCCAUCAUGCUGCUCACUCAUUCUGCAUGCGCUUCUUCUUCAUCCCAUCAUGCUGCUCGCUCAUUCUGCAUGCGCUUCUUCUUCAUCCCAUCAUGCUGCUCGCUCAUUCUGCAUGCGCUUCUUCUUCAUCCCAUCAUGCUGCUCACUCAUUCUGCAUGCGCUUCUUCUUCAUCCCAUCAUGCUGCUCACUCAUUCUGCAUGCGCUUCUUCUUCAUCCCAUCAUGCUGCUCACUCAUUCUGCAUGCGCUUCUUCUUCAUCCCAUCAUGCUGCUCGCUCAGUCUGCAUGCGCUUCUUCUUCAUCCCAUCAUGCUGCUCACUCAUUCUGCAUGCGCUUCUUCUUCAUCCCAUCAUGCUGCUCACUCAUUCUGCAUGCGCUUCUUCUUCAUCCCAUCAUGCUGCUCACUCAUUCUGCAUGCGCUUCUUCUUCAUCCCAUCAUGCUGCUCACUCAUUCUGCAUGCGCUUCUUCUUCAUCCCAUCAUGCUGCUCACUCAUUCUGCAUGCGCUUCUUCUUCAUCCCAUCAUGCUGCUCACUCAUUCUGCAUGCGCUUCUUCUUCAUCCCAUCAUGCUGCUCACUCAUUCUGCAUGCGCUUCUUCUUCAUCCCAUCAUGCUGCUCACUCAGUCUGCAUGCGCUUCUUCUUCAUCCCAUCAUGCUGCUCACUCAGUCUGCAUGCGCUUCUUCUUCAUCCCAUCAUGCUGCUCACUCAUUCUGCAUGCGCUUCUUCUUCAUCCCAUCAUGCUGCUCACUCAUUCUGCAUGCGCUUCUUCUUCAUCCCAUCAUGCUGCUCACUCAGUCUGCAUGCGCUUCUUCUUCAUCCCAUCAUGCUGCUCACUCAUUCUGCAUGCGCUUCUUCUUCAUCCCAUCAUGCUGCUCACUCAUUCUGCAUGCGCUUCUUCUUCAUCCCAUCAUGCUGCUCACUCAUUCUGCAUGCGCUUCUUCUUGAUCCCAUCAUGCUGCUCACUCAUUCUGCAUGCGCUUCUUCUUCAUCCCAUCAUGCUGCUCACUCAGUCUGCAUGCGCUUCUUCUUCAUCCCAUCAUGCUGCUCACUCAUUCUGCAUGCGCUUCUUCUUCAUCCCAUCAUGCUGCUCACUCAUUCUGCAUGCGCUUCUUCUUGAUCCCAUCAUGCUGCUCACUCAUUCUGCAUGCGCUUCUUCUUCAUCCCAUCAUGCUGCUCACUCAUUCUGCAUGCGCUUCUUCUUCAUCCCAUCAUGCUGCUCACUCAUUCUGCAUGCGCUUCUUCUUGAUCCCAUCAUGCUGCUCACUCAUUCUGCAUGCGCUUCUUCUUCAUCCCAUCAUGCUGCUCACUCAUUCUGCAUGCGCUUCUUCUUCAUCCCAUCAUGCUGCUCACUCAUUCUGCAUGCGCUUCUUCUUCAUCCCAUCAUGCUGCUCGCUCAUUCUGCAUGCGCUUCUUCUUCAUCCCAUCAUGCUGCUCACUCAUUCUGCAUGCGCUUCUUCUUCAUCCCAUCAUGCUGCUCGCUCAUUCUGCAUGCGCUUCUUCUUCAUCCCAUCAUGCUGCUCACUCAGUCUGCAUGCGCUUCUUCUUCAUCCCAUCAUGCUGCUCACUCAUUCUGCAUGCGCUUCUUCUUCAUCCCAUCAUGCUGCUCACUCAUUCUGCAUGCGCUUCUUCUUCAUCCCAUCAUGCUGCUCACUCAGUCUGCAUGCGCUUCUUCUUCAUCCCAUCAUGCUGCUCACUCAUUCUGCAUGCGCUUCUUCUUCAUCCCAUCAUGCUGCUCACUCAGUCUGCAUGCGCUUCUUCUUCAUCCCAUCAUGCUGCUCACUCAUUCUGCAUGCGCUUCUUCUUCAUCCCAUCAUGCUGCUCACUCAUUCUGCAUGCGCUUCUUCUUCAUCCCAUCAUGCUGCUCACUCAGUCUGCAUGCGCUUCUUCUUCAUCCCAUCAUGCUGCUCACUCAUUCUGCAUGCGCUUCUUCUUCAUCCCAUCAUGCUGCUCACUCAUUCUGCAUGCGCUUCUUCUUCAUCCCAUCAUGCUGCUCACUCAGUCUGCAUGCGCUUCUUCUUCAUCCCAUCAUGCUGCUCACUCAUUCUGCAUGCGCUUCUUCUUCAUCCCAUCAUGCUGCUCACUCAUUCUGCAUGCGCUUCUUCUUCAUCCCAUCAUGCUGCUCGCUCAUUCUGCAUGCGCUUCUUCUUCAUCCCAUCAUGCUGCUCACUCAUUCUGCAUGCGCUUCUUCUUCAUCCCAUCAUGCUGCUCACUCAUUCUGCAUGCGCUUCUUCUUCAUCCCAUCAUGCUGCUCACUCAGUCUGCAUGCGCUUCUUCUUCAUCCCAUCAUGCUGCUCACUCAUUCUGCAUGCGCUUCUUCUUCAUCCCAUCAUGCUGCUCACUCAUUCUGCAUGCGCUUCUUCUUCAUCCCAUCAUGCUGCUCGCUCAUUCUGCAUGCGCUUCUUCUUCAUCCCAUCAUGCUGCUCACUCAUUCUGCAUGCGCUUCUUCUUCAUCCCAUCAUGCUGCUCACUCAUUCUGCAUGCGCUUCUUCUUCAUCCCAUCAUGCUGCUCACUCAUUCUGCAUGCGCUUCUUCUUCAUCCCAUCAUGCUGCUCACUCAUUCUGCAUGCGCUUCUUCUUCAUCCCAUCAUGCUGCUCACUCAUUCUGCAUGCGCUUCUUCUUCAUCCCAUCAUGCUGCUCACUCAUUCUGCAUGCGCUUCUUCUUCAUCCCAUCAUGCUGCUCACUCAUUCUGCAUGCGCUUCUUCUUCAUCCCAUCAUGCUGCUCACUCAUUCUGCAUGCGCUUCUUCUUCAUCCCAUCAUGCUGCUCACUCAUUCUGCAUGCGCUUCUUCUUCAUCCCAUCAUGCUGCUCACUCAUUCUGCAUGCGCUUCUUCUUCAUCCCAUCAUGCUGCUCACUCAUUCUGCAUGCGCUUCUUCUUCAUCCCAUCAUGCGGCUCACUCAUUCUGCAUGCGCUUCUUCUUCAUCCCAUCAUGCUGCUCACUCAUUCUGCAUACGCUUCUUCUUCAUCCCAUCAUGCUGCUCACUCAUUCUGCAUGCGCUUCUUCUUCAUCCCAUCAUGCUGCUCACUCAUUCUGCAUGCGCUUCUUCUUCAUCCCAUCAUGCUGCUCACUCAUUCUGCAUGCGCUUCUUCUUCAUCCCAUCAUGCUGCUCACUCAUUCUGCAUGCGCUUCUUCUUCAUCCCAUCAUGCUGCUCACUCAUUCUGCAUGCGCUUCUUCUUCAUCCCAUCAUGCUGCUCACUCAUUCUGCAUGCGCUUCUUCUUCAUCCCAUCAUGCUGCUCACUCAUUCUGCAUGCGCUUCUUCUUCAUCCCAUCAUGCUGCUCACUCAUUCUGCAUGCGCUUCUUCUUCAUCCCAUCAUGCUGCUCGCUCAUUCUGCAUGCGCUUCUUCUUCAUCCCAUCAUGCUGCUCACUCAUUCUGCAUGCGCUUCUUCUUCAUCCCAUCAUGCUGCUCACUCAUUCUGCAUGCGCUUCUUCUUCAUCCCAUCAUGCUGCUCACUCAUUCUGCAUGCGCUUCUUCUUCAUCCCAUCAUGCUGCUCACUCAUUCUGCAUGCGCUUCUUCUUCAUCCCAUCAUGCUGCUCACUCAUUCUGCAUGCGCUUCUUCUUCAUCCCAUCAUGCUGCUCACUCAUUCUGCAUGCGCUUCUUCUUCAUCCCAUCAUGCUGCUCACUCAUUCUGCAUGCGCUUCUUCUUCAUCCCAUCAUGCUGCUCACUCAUUCUGCAUGCGCUUCUUCUUCAUCCCAUCAUGCUGCUCACUCAUUCUGCAUGCGCUUCUUCUUCAUCCCAUCAUGCUGCUCACUCAUUCUGCAUGCGCUUCUUCUUCAUCCCAUCAUGCUGCUCACUCAUUCUGCAUGCGCUUCUUCUUCAUCCCAUCAUGCUGCUCACUCAUUCUGCAUGCGCUUCUUCUUCAUCCCAUCAUGCUGCUCACUCAUUCUGCAUGCGCUUCUUCUUCAUCCCAUCAUGCUGCUCACUCAUUCUGCAUGCGCUUCUUCUUCAUCCCAUCAUGCUGCUCACUCAUUCUGCAUGCGCUUCUUCUUCAUCCCAUCAUGCUGCUCACUCAUUCUGCAUGCGCUUCUUCUUCAUCCCAUCAUGCUGCUCACUCAUUCUGCAUGCGCUUCUUCUUGAUCCCAUCAUGCUGCUCACUCAUUCUGCAUGCGCUUCUUCUUCAUCCCAUCAUGCUGCUCACUCAUUCUGCAUGCGCUUCUUCUUCAUCCCAUCAUGCUGCUCACUCAUUGUGCAUGCGCUUCUUCUUCAUCCCAUCAUGCUGCUCACUCAUUCUGCAUGCGCUUCUUCUUCAUCCCAUCAUGCUGCUCACUCAUUCUGCAUGCGCUUCUUCUUCAUCCCAUCAUGCUGCUCGCUCAUUCUGCAUGCGCUUCUUCUUCAUCCCAUCAUGCUGCUCACUCAGUCUGCAUGCGCUUCUUCUUCAUCCCAUCAUGCUGCUCACUCAUUCUGCAUGCGCUUCUUCUUCAUCCCAUCAUGCUGCUCACUCAUUCUGCAUGCGCUUCUUCUUCAUCCCAUCAUGCUGCUCACUCAGUCUGCAUGCGCUUCUUCUUCAUCCCAUCAUGCUGCUCACUCAUUCUGCAUGCGCUUCUUCUUCAUCCCAUCAUGCUGCUCACUCAUUCUGCAUGCGCUUCUUCUUCAUCCCAUCAUGCUGCUCACUCAUUCUGCAUGCGCUUCUUCUUCAUCCCAUCAUGCUGCUCGCUCAUUCUGCAUGCGCUUCUUCUUCAUCCCAUCAUGCUGCUCACUCAGUCUGCAUGCGCUUCUUCUUCAUCCCAUCAUGCUGCUCACUCAUUCUGCAUGCGCUUCUUCUUCAUCCCAUCAUGCUGCUCACUCAUUCUGCAUGCGCUUCUUCUUCAUCCCAUCAUGCUGCUCGCUCAUUCUGCAUGCGCUUCUUCUUCAUCCCAUCAUGCUGCUCACUCAUUCUGCAUGCGCUUCUUCUUCAUCCCAUCAUGCUGCUCACUCAUUCUGCAUGCGCUUCUUCUUGAUCCCAUCAUGCUGCUCACUCAUUCUGCAUGCGCUUCUUCUUCAUCCCAUCAUGCUGCUCACUCAUUCUGCAUGCGCUUCUUCUUCAUCCCAUCAUGCUGCUCACUCAUUCUGCAUGCGCUUCUUCUUCAUCCCAUCAUGCUGCUCACUCAUUCUGCAUGCGCUUCUUCUUCAUCCCAUCAUGCUGCUCACUCAUUCUGCAUGCGCUUCUUCUUCAUCCCAUCAUGCUGCUCACUCAGUCUGCAUGCGCUUCUUCUUCAUCCCAUCAUGCUGCUCACUCAUUCUGCAUGCGCUUCUUCUUCAUCCCAUCAUGCUGCUCACUCAUUCUGCAUGCGCUUCUUCUUGA